GGCUCUCAAAAUGCCUUUAAUCAUAUCAUGAAUACAAGAUCUCUAUGUUACAGCGUCAAUAGACUUAUCCGUGGCUUUAGUUCAACUGUUGGUACAAUCAUUGAGUUCAAUUCUACCUUCUUGGCUGGUUGCCCUAGCCUCAGGAGCGGGUUUAAGCGUCCUGUCGCACCAGCACCCGCAGCAGGUAUGCCAGGAGCGUUGAUAAGUGCACCCAGUAUGACUUGAUACUUCUUAAGUGCUUCAAACGCUGCCGCACGUAGUUCUUCAGUGUGAUCACCCUUCAUUUCGACCUCCAUUCCGCUAUGACCACAUAAGACAUUUAGGAAUGCAAUGUCAAAGCUUUUGCGAACUUUUGCUCGUUCGUCAGUUUCCUCCUUGUCAAAUACUCUCGACAUCCUCUCCCAGAGUUGUGAGAGCAUGCUCUUUAGUAAUUCCUUGUUAUCUUGUAAAUGUAAGGAUAUGUUCUCGACAUCAUGUGCUAUCCCGCUCAAGAGGUCAAUCAAUUGUCGUGAAGGUCCUUCUGGAAUCUUGCUACCGCCUGAAGAAUUACUCCAACGCGUCUCAUCCGCAUCGAGCUCACUUGUUGACCAUACAAAGCUGUCAUCUUCUACUUUAUCAUUAACUACGUCUGUCGCCCACUUCUCAUUAACACGUUUUAUGACAUCCAUAUAAACAGGCUGUUGUGUUUCUUCAUUAAGCAUUAUAUUCCUUGCUAUUGUCUCCUCUUUUUGAAGCGCUUCAAGGAGAUGACGGAAUACCAUAAGUUGUCGUUUGCGUUGGGUCGUAUUUGCAUUUUGCAAUACUUUGUCAAAUGUACUGUCUAGGUUAUGUAGGAAUCUCGUAAGCGUGCCAUUGGCAUAUUCGUGAUAGGUGUUGAGCAAAUUUUUGGACUGAAGCGCCGUAUUUGGCGCCCAUAAGAAAUCGUAAAUUUGAUCGUGAAUGUGAGUCGAUUGGUUCUUAAUUACUGUUAGCAUUUCGCUAACGAUUGGUACAUGUUCCGUGUAGAGUGUAGUGGUAUCUAAAUUUUCAGGUAAGGGCGCAAGCAGAUUUUUGAUCGGGUCGUUUUUAGCAUUAGGGAUGUUUGUGACGGUAUUCAUGGCUUUAUUAACUUUAGUCUGAGUGGUUUCGAGGUAGUCAUUGUGAAGGUCUUUCCAAAUAACCUGACAGCGUUCUUCUAAAGCAGAAACAAAGAAGUUUUUCACGUGCUCUAUGUUGGUGAUUUCAACUAUCGCUCUAAGUGGACACAAAUCAGAAAUGUUAUUAAUAUCAGCUAAUAAACCAUUCUGAGCAUCCAGAACACUCUUCAGGGAGUCGAGGCUGCUUGCUAUCCACUUAUCAAGUGUCUGGUUGACCUGCUCAUUUGGGAUCUUGUCAAAGGGUGCAAAAUAUGGCGUGUAGUUGAGCAACUGGUUGGGUAUUCUAUGUAUAAUAAUUUCAGAACCAGACAGCUGAUUAAUGAGGGUGUUUGUAGUUAUGUCAGCGGUGUUACCACUGCACUGACCUAUAUAUCGACUAAGUUCAUCUUGAAUAUAGAGCUUAUGAACGAGUUCAUGUGUCUCGUUGAUGAGUUGUAAGGAUUGACUGAUGAUGAGCUCAACUGAUGGGUUAUUCUGUAUAUGUGUGAGAGCAGUAGUGCGCUGAGUGAGUAGUUUAUCGAGAGAUUGACCAUAAGAUGGGCUGUCUAAGAGGAUAAGAGCUGUGAGUGUAGAUCUAGCAUCAUCAAACGUUAUCGAUUGCUUGAUAAGAGAAAUGACGGCUUUCAAAACGAUCUGCGGUUUCAGCUGGAGUGUUGACUCGUGCUGCGACUUUAAUAUGACGAGUUGGUUGAGUGUGUCGGGAUAAGUGCUUGAUAGCUGCAUGUGUGUUAUCUUAGCCAGCGAAUACAGCCAGGCGGCGUGUAGAUGCUGUUCAUUCUCGAUAAGACGCCAAAUAUUUUCCGUUGAAUCGUGCACUAAUUUCACCAAAGCGGGUAUGGGAUCGAUGUGGGUAGAUGGUAAGCUGUUGACCGGAGUAUCUCUACUACUGAGGCUGCGUAUAUCAUCUAUCGUAUUCUGUAUCUCUUCUAUGCUCUUAUCGAGAUGCACGACAGAUUGGCUGACAUUCAAGACCUGCUUGUAGCGAUCACCGACUAUGGCCUGUACUAUCAGUCCUCGCUUGUCUAUCUCUUGUUUGAGUUCUUCUAUCGGGUGCAUCUCUGAAUUUUUUAUUUUGGAUAAGACGGUCAAACAAGCGUUCUUCACGGCGACCAACUAAUAAAAAUAUAAGACGGUUAUCUGGUUAGUUGGGAAUGUCACAACAACCAAAGUUCAACUAUGCGGCUGCUGCCAAAGCUAAGCAGCAGCAACGAGAGAUGGCCAUCUCUGAGAAGCAGCCACCAACGAAGCCGAAGGAGACGAAGCCAGCAGAGGCUGAGAAGGCUGACAAGACUGACAAGUCUGAUAAGACAGAGAAAUCUGCGCCUUCUAAACAGAAGAAGGAGUUCAAUCCACACGCAUUCUUUACGGGCGGGGGCGCAUCUACGCAGCCACCACAACAGUCUCAGCCAGCGAAAGCUCAGAAGCAGCAAAGUGGUCCUAACAACAACACACGCAAUUCUGACAGUUUGAGGCUCAAUGCUCAGCCAUUCAACCCUCAACACCAGAACUAUAGACCACCUCAGUCGUUCCAGCCACGUGGCUCUAUGACACAAAACAGCGCAUCUAGACCGCCACAGCAGCAGCGCAGCCCACAGCCACCUCAACAACAGCUCGGGUCACAGCCUUACUACACACCAGCUUAUAACACAACUGGCUACUACGAUCCUAAUAUGGGCAUUUACGUCCCAUUUGCACAGGCGCCUGCAGCAGGGUGGUCACAAUACCCACCACAGAUGCCUCCAACGAGUCCUUCAGCUCCUCAGGUGUCGUUGCCAGCUACGACUGCUCCAGCUGCCGCUAAUGCUCCAAGGAAUGGCCCUUCACCGCAAAACAUCCCAACUACACCACGCGUUUCUUCUUCUAAUGCGUCACCAAGGCCACCUUUCACGCCUUCAGCCAAUGCACCAAUCUUCUCACCUCCUCAGUCGACUACUACUUCUCCACCACCGACAUCCGGAAUGUCUCCGUCUGCAGCUUCCUUCAUGCCACAGAGAAAGAGCGCGGCUAUUAAGAUCUCAAAUGCUCAGGGCGAAAAGAUUGACUUGACCAGCUUCAAACAUCAACGCCAGAGCUCUUCUAUUCCUUCAAUCGCCUCUGUUGAGGCUUCAGCGCCUGAUCCUUCAACUUACGUAAAGCCACCUCCACGUACAGCCAUCAGACUUGAGUCUGAGGAGGCAAAGGCUAAGCGUUUAGCAGAGGAAGCAAAGCAAACUGAUUCUGAAGAAAAGAAGAAGCAAGAAAAGGCCAAUGAAGAGCGUAUAGAGACUUCCAGAAAGGAGGAAGAGAAAAAGGAAGCCGAAGCCGAGGAGAAGAAGAGACAAGAGGCUGCAGCUGAAAAAGCGAAGGCUGAAGAAAAGCUUGCUGCUGAGGAGAAGGCUAAGGCAGACAAAGAGGCAAACGCUGAAAAGCUCGCAAAAGAGCAAGCCGCUUUGCUUGCGAAGGAGAAAGAAACAACUGAAGGUACCACACCAGGUACUUCUCUCGACCAAGCAAAGGUUGAAAUUUCUAAGGAUGAACAGCAAAAGGAGCUCAUCUCCAAGAUUGCUCCAGCUACUGAUGAACUUGCCACUCCUGCAGAAUCUGAUAAGCAAUUACCAAAGAUCGAUACUUCUUCCCCAACUGUUGGUGAGGAAGAGAAGCCUGCUGCUGCGUCACCAUCCACUUCAACUCAAAAGCCAUCACAAGCACUCGGUGCUGCCAGAAGAAUUGAUGACCUUACCAAGAUUUCCUACCCAGGUGAUAUCAAAUCACCAAAAGCUGAGCUUAACAAGCAAGCACGUCCUGGUAAAUUCCGUUAUGACAGGGAUUUCUUGAUGCAAUUCAUGUCAGUUUUCACUGAUAAGCCAGCUAGUAUGCCAUCAUUAGAUGCUAUUGGAUUAGAACCAGACCAAGGUAUGGGCUUCGGUGGUAGAUCAUCAUCUGGUAGACAAGGUAGCAGAGGUGGUAUGGGUCGUUCAUCAGGAUUUGGCAAACAAGGUGGAUUCGGUCAAUUUAGUGAUGUAUCUUCAAGAGGUACGUCUUCUGCUGAACGUUUCGCUAGAUCACAAGCAGCGGGUGCCUUCGCAGGCCAACCAAUGUCGAGAACUAACUCUUCCCAUCGCGGUAUGGCCAGGGAGGCCUCUGGUGGUGGCAGAAACAGAUCUCAACGUGGUAAGACACGUGAUGGUAAAGGUGGUCAAUCUGCUACUCCACUUGCUGAUGCUAUGGGUUCCGUCGCACCACUUGAAAAGAGUGAAAACGCUUGGACACCACAAGCACUUAGAAAUAGAGCUCAAGGCGUAAGACCUGGCUUGAAUGUUGAUGAGAAUGACCCAGCAUACAUUGAGAAGAAGGUUAAGGGUCUUCUUAAUAAGCUUACUAUAGAAAAAUUCGAGCCUAUAUCUGAUCAAAUUAUCAUAUUUGCAAACAAGUCAGAAAAUGAGGAUGAUGGUAGAACACUCAGAUUGGUCAUUAAGUUAGUCUUUGAAAAGGCUACCGAUGAGGCAGUCUGGUCAGAGAUGUAUGCUAGAUUAUGUCGUAAAAUGUACGACCAAUUGUCAGCUAACAUCUCAGACAAAGACCAACCAACUACUACAACUGGUGGUCGCUUAUUCAGAAAGUACUUGUUGACUAGAUGUCAAGAAGACUUCGAGAAGGGUUGGUCGGACAAGGCUGCAGCAUCAAAGGCUGCUGCUGAGAAGGCCGCGGAGGAUGACGCUAAGCGCCAAGCCAAUGAAGAAGCUGAAGCUGACAUUGCCAAGGGUGGUGAACCAAAGGCUGAUGCACAAUCACUUUCAGAUGAAUACUACGCUGCACAAAAGGCUAAGCGUAGAGGUUUGGGAUUGGUCAGAUUCAUUGGUGAACUGUUCAAACUCACAUUACUUACAGCCAAGGUCAUGCACCUCUGUAUUAUGCAAUUGCUCCAAAGAGAUGACACCAAGGAGGUUGAGGAAGAAGACAUAGAAUCACUCGCCAAACUCCUCACCACCGUCGGUGGAAUGCUUGAAACACCGGAAGCCAAGAGGCACAUUGAUUCAUACUUCUCUCAUAUGCAGGAUAUAGUAGAUAGUCCAAAGACCUCUUCGAGAUUACAAUUCAUGUUACUUGAUGUUAUAGAGUUGCGGAAUCACAACUGGGUCGGUAGACACAAGGAUGCUGGUCCUAAGUCGAUCGCACAAAUCCACAGAGAUGCUGCUAAGCAAAGGGCACAAUCUGCUGCUGAUGCCAACGUUGCCCUCCAAAGAGGCUCAUCUGGUCGUGGUCCAGCCAGACAAGAGAGCUCGCGUGGUCCAUCUAGACGUGGUCAGCCACGUGCGCCAGCAGUUCCUGAAGAGAAAGGCGGUGGAGAUGGAUGGAACACAAUUGGUAGCGGUGGUAACCAAAAGACAUCACAGGUAGCAGGUAAUCUCAGUCAAUUCGGUCAAUUCUCUUCCAAGGGCGCUCAACAACCUCAGCAAUCUCAGCAAUCUCAGUUUGGCCCAACUAGUGUAUUCACUAAGAAGGGCAGACAGGGUGGAUCUGGUGGUACAUCUCCAUCUGGCGUUGCAUCACCAUUGCUUUCAGAAGGCAAAUCACCAGCUGUUAGCAGAACCAACUCUAGUGGAAACAUGUUCAGCUUGCUUGAAGCACAAGAUCAAGCUCAGCAUGAGGAGCAACCACAGAGAAAGAAGCUCAACUUGCUUCCACGUUCAUCUACCAAGACUGAUGUUGAAGAGCCAGAGCCAGCUCCAGCUGCACCUGCCACUGAGGAGAUUACCGAUGAGAAGGCCAAGCAAAUGGUCAAGACUAUGAUCGAAGAAUUCUACUCUCUUAAGAAAAUAUCAGAGGGUUUGGAAUCCUUCAAGGAACUCCCAGAAGAACACAAACCAAAAUUGAUUGAGCAAUUGAUUGAUAGAUCGCUGAACGGAAAGAAAGAAACCGUUGAUAUCACAUCAGAGCUCAUCACAGCCGCCGUCGAACAAGAAUUAGUAGCCCAAACACAAUUAGAAACAGAAUUGGUUAACAUAUUAGAAUUUAUUGAAGAUAUCUCAAUUGACGUACCAAACGCAUACGAGUAUUCAGCUUCACUCAUAAAAGCUUCCAAAUUUGAUUCAAAUGGCAUUGAUAGACUUUUAGCUAAAAUUCCAAAAUCUGACUCAAUAACGCAACCAAGUGAUAAAGUCAAGAAGUACUUAUGAAUUUGAAACGGAAUUAUUCGCUUUUGCUUUGUUGUAGUACGUCGCGUAUGAUUUAAUUAUUGCAUUCAUGAUUUU